UCCACAUUUCCCAUCCACCUCGGACCUGUCGGACGCACACUUAUGACCAGAACCUCCUCCAUUAAGAGCAGCGCGGAUGACGCGUUUUGCGCUCCGGUUCUUCAAUGAAAGCAGAUCCGUGCAGAACAGACACACAUGGGCACCGUUCAUGGACUUCCACCUCUCCGUGGGUCGUGGGGGAAAUGCGUUAGUCCCCGCGGCGUGUCGGUCGUUGGACCUGUACUGUUAGUGCUGGGGUUUCUGGUCCAACUUUACGCAGCGUUUAACUUGGACACGGAGAAGCGCGUCGUUUUCACGGGACCUCCGGGAAGUUACUUCGGAUAUUCUGUGGAGUUUUUCGGAAAUUCAUCCAGUAUCAGUAUUUUGAUCGGCGCUCCAAAAGCCAACACCAGUCAACCCGACAUCACCGAAGGAGGAGCCGUCUACUCGUGCCCCUGGAGCCAACCUAACUGCAGUAUUAUCAACUUUGACAAGCAUGGUGAUCGAUAUUUUUAUAUAAAUGAUGUGAAAACUCGCGUGGAAUUCAAGUCCCAUCAGUGGUUUGGAGCGACCAUACGUUCCCAUGGCAACAACAUCUUGGCUUGUGCUCCGAGGUAUUACUGGAGAACCGAACAUGACACACCUUUCGCUGAUGUUACAGGAACUUGCUACCUCUCUGUAGAUAGCCUCAAAUCAUUUGUGGAAUACGCCCCCUGCCGGACAGAAAGACAUGGACCUGCUGGACAGGGCUAUUGUCAGGGGGGCUUUAGUGCAGACUUCACCAAGGAUGGAAGGGUUGUACUUGGAGGACCAGGCAGCUUUUACUGGCAAGGUCAGGUGAUCUCAGCCACCACAGAAGAAAUCAUUAAAGCCUACUAUCCUUCGUACUUUCUGCUGUCGGUGGUCGGGCAGUUACAGACUCGACAGGUGCAGGGGAGCUAUGACGACAGUUACCUGGGAUACUCUGUGGCUGGUGGUGAGUUCAGCGGGGAUGAUGAGGAAGAUUUCAUCGCGGGAGUUCCUAAAGGACUCCUGCUGUAUGGUUUAGUGUCUAUAUUCGAUGGAAAGGACAUGACGUAUCUGCUCAACUUGACGGGGGAGCAGAUGGGGUCCUACUUCGGCUAUGCAGUGGCAGCGACUGACAUCAACAACGACGGUCUGGAUGACGUGGUGGUGGGGGCUCCAUUGUUUAUGCGUCGGGGGUCUGGUGGGCAGCUGGAGGAGCUGGGUAAAGUGUAUGUGUACCUCCAGAGGGGGCCCCUGGAGCUGGACCCCGCCCCGUCCCACCUCCUCGGUUUUCAGGCCUUCAGUCGGUUCGGAUCCUCCCUGGCUCCGCUCGGUGAUCUCAACCAAGAUGGUUUCAAUGACCUGGCUGUGGGCUGUCCUUAUGGAGGAGACGACCAGCAGGGAUUGGUUCUUAUCUAUAACGGUCAUGAGGAAGGACUGAAGGACACACCCACUCAGACUCUCUCUGGCCAAUGGGCUACCACCUCUUUUCCCGCCAGCUUUGGCUUUACUCUUCGUAGCAACAGAGAUUUGGAUCGUAAUGGUUACCCAGAUCUGAUGGUCGGUGCAUUUGGGGUGGAUAAAGCAGUUCUGUACAGAGCUCGUCCCAUUGUCAGUGCCACCGCUUCUUUAACGGUGCAACCAACCAUGUUCAACCAGGAGGAGAAGUCCUGUACGCUGUCCACCAGGAAUCAAACCACAGCGGUUUCUUGUGUCAGCAUCAGUUUCUGCCUGCUGGCUAAUGGGAAGCACCUCCCCUCUCAUCUAGGGUUUGUGGUGGAGGUUCAGCUGGACAGUGUGAAACAGCAUCAGAAGGAGUCCAUCAGGAGGACGGUGUUCCUGGAAACCCAUCAGCCCAGUCUGGUGAAGAGCUUCAAUCUCACCAACGGACAGCGUUUGUGCCAUGAUGCCAAGAUCUACCUCCUGGGUGAGGAGGAAUUUCGGGAUAAACUGUCUCCCAUUUAUAUCAGCCUCAACUUCAGUCUGGAUCCUGAAGCCCCGGUGGACCAGCAUGGCCUCAGACCAAUCCUGAAUUAUCAGACAGAGCAGCUUAUACAGCAGAAGGCUCAGAUUCAACUGGACUGUGGAGAGGACAACAUCUGUGUCCCUGACCUGAAGUUGGCCGUCGAUGGUGACAAAAGUGUUGCUUACCUGGGUGAUGAAAAUGCCUUUACCUUGAUCUUCAACGCCAUGAACGAAGGUGAAGGAGGCGCGUACGAGGCUGAACUCUAUGUGGCACUUCCCCCAGACGCUGACUACAGUGGGAUCGCACGAAACAAUGUGAGCCUGACUCAGCUGACAUGCAGCUAUGAUGCAGAAAACCAGACACGUUAUCUGCUGUGCGAUCUGGGAAACCCCAUGAAGUCUGGUACCAGUUUGUGGGCUGGCCUUCGCUUCACUGUGCCCCGACUGAAGGACACGUAUAAAACUGUACAGUUUGAGCUUCAGAUACGAAGUAAAAAUGCCAAUAACUCAGAGAGUGAAGUGGUGGUUUAUGAGCUGGAAGUGGCUGCCAUGGCUGAGGUCAUUCUGCAGGGGGUUUCGAGGCCUGAUAAAGUUAUUUUUCCUCCACCCAACUGGAGUAUGAGUCAGGGUUUGAGAGAUGAGCAGGAUGUGGGCCCCGAGCUGCAGCAGGUCUAUGAGCUGGUGAACAACGGGCCCAGUGUGAUCAGCCAGUCCACAGUGGAGGUGCGCUGUCCCCUGAGGGCCCACGGCCUGGAGCUGCUCUACCCUGUGGAGGUGGUCACCAAGGGGCCGCUCAGCUGCUCCUCCAAACACACCUUUAACGCACUCAAACUCCAGCUUCAGCGUCCAUCUGUGGACGGAGCCACAUCACUGGGAUCAGGCAGAGUCCACCGCAUCUACAGGAGGGACGUGUUCAGAGACCCACUGGUGGAACUAGGAAACCUGACCUGUCCUGCUGUGGACUGCUGGACUCUCCAGUGUACCGUGGGCUGGUUGGACCGAGGAGCCAGCGUCAUCUUGACCGUUCGCUCACGGGUCUGGGCUCGAACCUUCAUCCAGAGAGCCCAUAAACAGUUUAUUAUGGAAUGUUCUGUUCAGUACAAGGCAAGGAGGAUGCCUUAUUCUAUUCCUCCCAAAUCUAAGCCCUCUGCAUCUGAAAAGGUUUCGGCUGCUGUCAUAUGGGGUAAACCCGAUGGUCUGUUCUUGGUUCCUGUGUGGAUCAUCAUCCUGGCCGUCCUCGCAGGGCUGUUACUGCUCGCACUUCUCAUAUAUCUGCUGUACAAGAUGGGCUUCUUUAAAAGGUCGGAUCCUUAUGGUACAACCAUGGAGAAGGCCCACCUCAAACCCCAAGCCUCCUCUGAAGCCUAGACCUGGGACAGAGGACCAACUGGAAUCACUAUCACAUUCCCAAAUGGAAAACAGGCAACUUAUCAAGCAGGUAACCUACUUCUAAAGAGACUGUUAAGGCGCUGUAUCACUGGAAUACACAGGGUCUGGUGCUGCACUAACUAAUGCCAAAGCAGGAUGUAUGAAGCGUCUGCAGAAUCAGGAACAACCAAGGACUUUUAAAGCUCAUCUCUGUGAAAAUACUCCACCUUCUGGA